AGUUACCCUAGAGCCGCCCUUGGUUUGCCUCACUCUUUCUGAUUUCUUAUUUUGUACAUGUUCGUUUAGGGUUUUCAUUGACUGAAUAUGGCUUUCUUUGAUUGAAUUGCUUUAGGUUGUGGAUUAAUAAUAGUGAAAGAUGGGUUCUUUUAAGAGGAAGUCGCAAGAAUUGUCCAAUAAUGAGGGUAAUAUUAUACCUCCUCCAAGUAAACAGAUGAAACAAAAUGGUUUAGUGGAUGAGGCAGUUGCAUGUGUGCAUGAUGUAUCAUAUCCGGAAGGCUAUGUUCCCUCUGCUUCAACUUCAACUUUGCCUCAACCAGACGCAAAACCUGCUAAGGAGUUCCCUUUUACCCUCGACCCUUUUCAAUCCGAAGCUAUCAAUUGCCUUAAUAAUGGUGAAUCCGUCAUGGUAUCAGCACACACGUCAGCUGGAAAGACAGUUGUCGCAUUGUAUGCGAUUGCCAUGUGUCUGAAGAAUAACCAGCGAGUAGUAUAUACUUCACCAAUUAAGGCUCUUAGUAAUCAGAAGUAUAGAGAAUUCAAAGAGGAGUUUUCAGAUGUGGGCUUGAUGACCGGAGAUGUCACGAUUGAUCCUAAUGCUUCUUGCUUGGUAAUGACUACAGAAAUCUGGCGUAGUAUGCAGUACAACGGAUCAAAUGUUAUAAGGGAGGUGGCUUGGGUUAUUUUUGAUGAGGUACAUUACAUGCGUGACAGAGAAAGAGGCGUGGUUUGGGAGGAAAGUAUUGUUAUGGCCCCGGAAAAUUCUCGUUUUGUGUUCCUCUCGGCCACGGUGCCGAAUGCUAAAGAGUUUGCGGAUUGGGUUGCAAAGGUCCAUCAGCAACCAUGUCACAUUGUUUAUACGGACUACAGACCCACACCACUUCAGCAUUAUAUAUUUCCUUCUGGUGGUGAUGGAUUAUACUUAGUGGUUGAUGAAAAAGGGAAGUUUCGUGAGGAUAGUUUUCAGAAAGCUUUGAAUGCUCUUGUUCCAGCCAAUGAAGGGGAUAAGAAAAGAGAGAAUGGCAAGUGGCAGAAGGGUCUGGUUGUUGGCAAAUCUGGUGAAGAUAGUGACAUAUUCAAGAUGGUUAAAAUGAUUAUUCAGCGGCAAUAUGAUCCUGUAAUAUGUUUCAGCUUCAGCAAAAGAGAAUGUGAAUUUCUAGCAAUGCAGAUGGCUAAAAUGGAUCUUAAUAAUGAUGAUGAGAAGGCGAAUAUUGAAACUAUUUUUUGGAGUGCUAUGGACAUUUUAUCGGAUGAUGAUAAAAAGCUGCCGCAGGUUUCAAAUAUGCUUCCCCUAUUGAAACGUGGAAUUGGUGUGCAUCAUUCUGGUUUGCUUCCUAUAUUGAAAGAAGUGAUUGAAAUCCUGUUCCAAGAAGGAUUCAUCAAGUGUUUGUUUGCCACAGAGACCUUCAGUAUAGGUCUGAACAUGCCUGCAAAAACUGUUGUCUUCACAAAUGUUCGCAAAUUUGAUGGAGACAAGUUUAGGUGGAUAUCCAGUGGUGAGUAUAUUCAGAUGAGUGGUCGUGCUGGUCGUCGGGGGAUUGAUGAACGUGGGAUCUGCAUCCUUAUGGUUGAUGAGAAGCUUGAACCUCCUACAGCGAAAUCCAUGCUAAAAGGAAGUGCUGAUGCAUUAAACAGUGCCUUCCAUUUAAGCUAUAACAUGCUUUUAAAUCAAAUACGGUGUAAAGAUGCUGAUCCUAAAAAUCUUCUCCGGGACUCGUUCUAUCAAUUUCAAGCAGAUCGUGCAAUUCCUGAUCUUGAGAAACAAGCAAAAAUUCUUGAAGAGGAGAGAGACUCAAUUGUGAUUGAAGAAGAAGAUAGCCUUGAGAGAUACUAUAGUCUUCUAGAACAAUAUAAGAGCUUAAAGAGGGAUGUACGUAACAUUGUUUUAUCUCCAAAAUAUUGCUUGCCAUUCUUGCAACCUGGUAGGCUUGUAUGCAUCGAGUGUACGAAGGUUGAUGAUGAUGUUCCAACCUUCUCCAUCAAAGAAGAGGUCACAUGGGGAGUAAUAAUUAAUUUUGAAAGGGUGAAAGGUCUUUCUGAAGAUGACGCAAACAAAAAACCGGAGGAUGCGAACUAUACGAUAGAUGUACUUACGAGAUGUAUAGUGCAGAAGGAUGAGGUUGGUAGAAAGACGAUUAAAAUUGUCCCGUUGAAGAAUGCUGGGGAACCAGCUGUUGUUUCUCUUCCUUUGUCCCAGAUUGAUAGUUUGAGCAGUGUCCGUCUUGUGAUACCAAAGGAUCUUUUGCCUUCGGAAGUUAGAGAAAAUACACUAAAGAAGGUUUCUGAAGUUCUCAAUAGAUUUUCAAGAGAGGGCAUGCCUNUGGUUUUGCAUAAGAAGAAAGAACUUACUGGCAAAAUCAGAUCAAUUAAGAGAGCAAUGCGUACUUCAAAAGCCUUAGCAUUCAAAGAUGAACUUAAAGCAAGGAAAAGAGUUCUCAGGAGACUCAGAUACAUCACAAGUGAGGAUGUCCUGGAGUCUAAAGGGAAUGUUGCCUGUUUAAUCAGCACCGCAGAUGAGUUGACCUUGACUGAAUUGAUGUUUAAUGGGACCUUCGAGAAAAUUAAAGUCGAGGAGCUUGUCUCUCUUCUCUCUUGUUUUGUGUGGCAAGAAAAGCUUCAGGAUACUCAGAAGCCCAGGGAAGAGCUAGAGUUGCUCUUUGCGCAGUUACAAGAUACAGCUCGAAGGGUUGCAAAAGUUCAGCUCGAGAGCAAGGUCCAAAUAGACGUUGAGAACUUUGUGAGUUCAUUCCGGCCUGAUAUCAUGGAGGCUGUCUAUGCGUGGGCUACAGGAUCUAAGUUUUAUGAGAUAAUGGAGAUUACUCAGGUGUUUGAGGGCAGUUUAAUCAGGGCUAUCAGGAGACUGGAGGAAGUUCUUCAGCAGCUUAUACUAGCUGCACAAAAGGUUGGGGAUGAAGAGCAUGAGGCAAAAUUUAAAGAGGCUGUAGCCAAGAUCAAGAGGGACAUUGUCUUUGCAGCAUCUCUGUAUUUGUAGAUAUAAAAUUGAGGCAUUUCCGUCAAUGGUGUCCAUAUACAGAGGUUUAGGUUAGGUGGAGGUGAUGCCACUAUUUAUGUGACUCAAGUGUAGGAGUGCUCAUGGUUCGAUUUUUAUGUAAAUCGAGACCAAACCAACUAUGUCGGUUUAUUAGAUAUACAAAUUAAGCCAAACUGCAUAGAGUCAGAUUUUGUUUCGGUUUUGUCAAUUUUCUGGAUUUUUCCUUUUAUAUGAAAUACAAAUUCAUUUCAUUUA